ACCCUCAAGUGUGUGGGAUGGAAUAAUGUGAGGGUAAUGGCUGCAGAGAUCUUGAAUAACACCCGUUCAAUCUAACCAGGUGCUUCUCCACCAUGACAGACAGGAGGAAUCUCACCUUUCAGUCUCUUCUGCUUCUUCAUUCCUGCGAAGUGAACGUUUGCUGUUAGAUUAUGUUAUAUCGCAAAGGAAUACUGGAUUACAGACAAAUGGAAACGCGUACGCCUGCAUCAAGCUGUUGAAUGCGCCCUCUUGUUGUUGCCACACACAACUCAACUGCUCCACAAUGAGACUGUGGACUUUACUUGUCAUCUUCCCGGUGAUGUGUGCGUCUUCUCCUCUUUUAACCGAAACAUCCCGGGGCAGAGAUCCAGCUGUGGAGAACAGCUGCUCAGGUCGAGCCUGCAACCCUCGCAUGGGCAACUUGUCCCAGGGCAGAGUGCUGAAGACCCGGUCAACCUGCGGCUCUAACUCCUCGGAGCCUUUCUGCUUCUACAAACAGACCUCUGACCCCAGCAGGAGAGACUCCUGCUUCCCGGCUAAAUGCAGCAAGUGCAACUCCGCCAUCCAAACUCAGGCGCACCCUUCCUCCUCCAUGAGCGACUCCUCUUUCCGCCACCCGGACACCUGGUGGCAGUCUGCAGAGGGGCCAGAGGAGGAGACGCUCCAGCUGGAUCUGGAGACCGAGUUCCUCUUCACCCAUCUCAUCGUGGUGUUCCGCUCCCCCCGCCCCGCUGCCAUGGUGCUGGAGCGCUCCCAGGACCACGGGCGCACAUGGAGGACCCUCAGGUACUACGCCCGGGACUGUGAGGAGGUGUUCGGCCUGCCAGAGGCGUCUUCGGCCGGGGAGAGUGGGGCCACAUGCACCUCCAAGUACUCAGCAGCUUUUCCUUGUACCAGAGGAGAGGUGAGUGGCUGUAGUCUGGAAAUGUUUGACUUCUUAAGGCAAAUAAUAACAGAGAAAUAAUUAAAAAGAGGGAUUACACAGUACUUUACUGGAUUCGAAGAAAGAGCAAGAAAAAAG